GCUACAAUGAGCAGCUUCCUAGACUACUCGGUGAUGAGCGGUGAAGGUGGCUCGUGCUCUGUCAGGGCUUUCCACUCGGACCACGGGAUAACAACUUUCCAGUCCUGCGCGGUUACUGUCAACAACUGCGGGGCAGAUGACCGCUUCAUGGCGAGCAGGGCUUCCCCUGACGGCAUUCCUCACCAGCCGGGGUCAUAUCAGUCUACUGCCAGCUCUCUGGGUCUCGCCUAUGGGGCCCACCCGGCCUGCAGCUCCAGCUAUGGACCCCAAAGUUUCUGUGCUACGUACAACCAUUACGCGCUCAACCAGGAAGUAGACUCCACAGCUGGAUUCCCUCAGUGCGGCCCACUGAUGUACUCGGGGAACAUUUCCUCCUCUAUGGUCUCUCAGCAUCGCCAGGGUUACAGUGCCGCCCCCCUGGGCCAGCUGCAGUAUGCCCACGCUGCCUACGGUGGCGGGCACGAGCAAGCAACCCCUUUUCCUGGGUGCUCAAACCCGCUGUCACCUCUGCACGCAGCUCACCUGGAGGCUUGUUGCUCACCUCUGUCUGAGGGUGCAUCUUCUGCACAGACCUUCGACUGGAUGAAAGUCAAGAGGAAUCCACCCAAAACAGGCAGGUCAGGGGAGUACGGCUACGGGGGUCAGCCGAACACGGUCCGGACCAACUUCACCACUAAGCAGCUAACGGAGCUGGAGAAGGAGUUCCACUUCAACAAGUACCUGACCAGGGCGCGGCGCGUUGAGAUUGCUGCUGCACUGCAGCUGAAUGAGACUCAGGUGAAAAUCUGGUUCCAGAACCGGAGGAUGAAGCAGAAGAAGCGGGAGAAGGAGGGUCUGCUGCCGGCCAAAGCUCCAGCCUCCGAGGCGGAAGAGAGCAUUCAAGAGAAACUGGACGAUGCAACAUCUGAGAAGUCGAUCUCAGCCCCUUCUACUCCUUCUCCCACAUCCUCUACGGUGUCUUCCACGGGGGCUGAUCCUUAUUCUUCCAAUUAA